UACAACCCUUUAAAAACGGGUGGAGCCAAAACACACGGACAGGUUACGGAUAAGACUGUGAAAUGGCGCCUCCCUCAUAUUCGUCGCCCCUUCUUGGUGGAGGAACCCUUAAGCUAUCAGAAAACUGUUUUUCGGCCUUCGAUUUUCACUCCAAUGCAGUUAGCAAACAGGAGUUUGGAAGUCGCAGACAAACAUGGUUCACAUCGCAAAUCACCAAGAGUAGGGUGACUCAUCUCCGAGCCAAUCCUAAUGCAACUCGCAGCAACAGAAGUUCAAAGAAAGUAGUGAUCAUGGUUGAUCCAUUGGAAGCCAAGCGGUUAGCUGCAAUAGAAAUGGAGGAAAUUAAAACCAAACAAAGAUUACAAAAGCGGCGCCAAAUAGAAGCUAUAAACGGUGCGUGGGCUAUGAUUGGUCUAACUGCAGCGCUUGUUAUUGAAGGGCAUACAGGAAAGAGCAUUCUUGAUCAGCUAGCUGGAUACUUAGAUGCAGCUGUUGGUUUUGUAAUGACAUCGAAAGAAUCAUUUUUGUAGCAAACUAAUCGUUUCUUAUAUGUUAUUCAUUCUCUUUAAUACCGUAAAUUAAUGAUCAAUUAAAUGAAAGAAAUGUAUAUCAUCAAUUAAAUGCUUCUAUACCUCGAGAGACUUGCACUCUUGUCAAAAGGAUUAAAGGAGAACUUAAUAAGUAC